AAGGCGGUCCUGCACUUCCAGUUGUGAGCAAAAAACCAAGUGUGGGAGCUCACCAUGGUGGUAACCACCUCCCCACAACGCAGGCAGCAUCCACCAGAGGGAUGUAUCAGGUUCCUGUACUCAGCUGUGGGUUGUCACCGUCUAAUAAUCUGACCGUUUUGCCAUCUCUCUGCGAAUAAGACAGAAGCUGCUACCUGAUUGGUAUAACAUCUCACUUUCCCUCUGCAUUGAUUUUCUUGUUCUCCUUUGCUUCAUAAAAAGAGGGACAAGUGGCUGGUGCUGUGGACAGAGAAGCUUUAUUUUUAGUAUGAGACAACCUCUAUUUUGUUUCAGGAAAGGAAAGUUGGAUUAUCAAUUCUUUUGUAAAUGUGUAUGGUGAUAUUUGCUCCGCUUUUUGCAAUCUUUGCAUUUGCAACAUGCGGUGGCUAUUCUGGAGGCUUGCGCCUGAGUGUGGACUGCGUCAACAAGACGGAAAGUAACCUGAGCAUCGACAUAGCAUUUGCCUACCCGUUCAGGUUGCACCAGGUGACAUUUGAGGUGCCUACCUGCGAGGGAAAGGAACGACAGAAGUUGGCACUGAUUGGUGACUCCUCGUCCUCGGCAGAGUUCUUCGUCACCGUGGCUGUCUUUGCCUUCCUCUACUCUUUGGCCGCCACUGUCGUUUACAUUUUCUUCCAGAACAAGUACCGGGAAAACAACAGAGGCCCACUCAUUGACUUCAUCAUCACAGUAGCCUUUUCGUUCUUGUGGUUGGUGGGGUCAUCAGCUUGGGCAAAAGGACUGUCUGAUGUCAAAGUCGCAACAGAUCCCAAGGAAGUAUUGUUAUUGAUGUCAGCUUGCAAACAGCCAUCCAACAAGUGCAUGGCUGUCCACAGCCCUGUUAUGUCCAGCUUAAACACUUCCGUGGUCUUUGGAUUCUUGAACUUUAUUCUCUGGGCUGGAAACAUAUGGUUUGUUUUCAAGGAGACCGGCUGGCAUUCCUCAGGACAGAGAUAUCUUUCAGACCCGAUGGAGAAGCAUUCUAGCAGUUAUAAUCAAGGCGGUUACAACCAAGAUAGCUAUGGGUCCAGCAGUGGGUAUAGCCAGCAGGCGAGUUUAGGGCCAUCCUCAGAUGAGUAUGGCCAACCGUCCACUGGCCCCACUUCCUUUACAAAUCAGAUUUAACCGAGUAGCAUUUGCAUUCUUCUGGAGAUAGCUUCACCACUUCCCAGUUUCAGUGGCAGAAGAAUUUUUUAAGAGUUUCAAUCAAUUAUUAAUGCAGAGAGUAUUGAAUGUAAAUCAGAGAUCUGUAGCCCUCAUUAAGGCAGAAAGGUCUAGGCUGUGUGAUAAAUGAUACUUAGAGAUGAGAUGACAUGAGGGAAUAUAUUAUUCAUCAUAGAUAGUUAAUUGGAGAGUACCUUGUUAUAUACACAGAUACUUUUAUGGUCGUUUUGUAUGUGUGUUGAGAUAGUAGAAACAUUUUGUAGCUUAACGUCUCUAAUAUAUAAUAUGCAUAAAGAGUAUUAAAUAGCAUUGAGUUUUCCUAUGCAUUUUGAUGCAAAAUACGUUACAAUGAUUGGUGUAUCCCAACAUGCAUGUCUUAUAGUUUUUUGGUUUUAGGCCCUAUAGAACUGUGAGUCUCCAUUUAUUUCAGACAAUUACACUGUAUUUUUUUUUUACUUGACGAAUCAGUGCUUAUAUUAUUUAGUGCAUGAAUCAGGAUUUCUCACAUAAUAAACAUUGGAACUACAGCAUUUGUGAAAAUUCCAGUUUGCACCAUGAAUCUGUUCAAUGGACGUGUAAAGAAAUAUAUUCACUAAUUUGUAGACUUUGCGAAUUUGUCUAUCUGGCUUUACUCAAGUUCUGAAUGCACUGUAACCAAGAUGUGAGUUUUUAUUCCCUGUUAGUAGACAUUCAGUGAAACAUAUGGUAACUGCCUCGAUACUUAUCCUAUUUACUUAGCUAAAUCUUCCCAUUCUUGUAACCUUUCUAUGGUGUUUUGUGGCUCUUAUCUUGUGAACCAUAAACAAUAUGGCCCAAUAACUGUUUAUGUUUAUGGAGUGUUUUCUUAGCAUAGUGGAGAUGCAGAUACAGGUACCACAGACAAGAUGCUGCCGUGCUCACAUAUUAAUGUGAAGGAUAUUCUUUCCUGAAUAUUUACCAGCUAAACUUUUGAAUCCUAUUUAUUUGUAAAGCUAAUAUGUUCCUUGAUCUAAUUAUUAAAAAAUUUCAAGUCAUAGCUAACCUUCCUAAUUAUUAAUGAUUUGAGUGUAACUUUUGAAUUGAAAAUGGCUCCCAUGUGCCAUCCUCUAUCCCAAAGAAGUUUUUCAUGAAAUAUCCCCCAGAAUGUAUUCAUUAUCAAGAAAUGUUGAUCUUUACUUCUGUGUUUUCAUUCAAUUUAAAUACCAUGGCCCAACAGAGAAGAAAAGCCAAGCAUCUGUAUCUCCAGAUAAAAGUUGUUACUAAUGUAUAAACUCUUGGUGUGACUGGUGAUGUUGGAAGCAUUUUAGCACAAAACAGCCUUGUGUCUUAGAUGAUAUCUGUAACCAAUUUCUGGAUCUUGUUGGAUAAAUCUGUAUUGUGAUAUCUGUUUGACCUUAAUAAAGUUAUUGCAUACAA